AUGUUGGACCUCCAGCUCGAGGAGUUCCUGCGAAAUGCCGCGUGCAGGAGCUUCCGGAUGAUUUGUUGGGGUUUUCCUGGCAUGGCGUGCACAUGGCUGCAAGCAAGCGGAACGCCUUUUCUUGGUGGCUUGCCACUCUGGGAGAAGAUACGUCAAGAGGAACCAGUCCUCGACGAGGGCUGCCUCGGCGAAUCUUGGGACAGCUGGGGCAAGGGAGGAGGUGGACGUGGAGGAGGCUAUCCGAUGCUGCUGGGGGCCCGCUGCGCCUUCAACCCAAAGGCCAGCUAUGCGUAUCCAAAGACCACGUCGCAUGACUGCUUUGGGAGAAUAUGGCAGGCUGCUGCUCCUCGACUCUCCACGCAAAACGGCGCACGGGGCCAAAGACAAGUCGACGGGUCCGUGAUGCCAGAGCGGGACGUGUCCAG